AUGGCGCUGUGUAAUGGAGUUAGUCAGCUGGCCAGCGUCGCACAGCUUGCAGGGGUGGAUGCUUAUGGGCUCAUCUCGAUGAUUGUGGAGGCUGCGCGGACGAUUAAGAGGAACCGGGAGACCUGCCAGCUGCUUGCACGCCGUGCAAGGAUGAUCGGGGACCUUCUGCAGCAGCUCGAAAGGACACAGCUGAUGCAGCACAUGGAGACGAGGAACCCAGUUGAGCAGCUGGAGGAGACGCUUUGGCAAGCAUACAUUCUCAUCGUGUCCUGUCGUGAUAGUGGCUACCUGCAUAGCUGCUGUAUGGGAGAGAAGCUGGCUGAUCUGCUCCGUGAAGUGCAGAAUGAGAUCACCUUCUCCUUCCAGCUUUUCCCCCUUGUCAGCUUUGUCGACAACACCCGUACUUGGGAGCGGCUUCUGAGCAGAGCUUGUCCUCUGUGCUCAAGGGAAACUACAGAUGAGUUACAUGCAGUACAUCAUGCGGAACAUGAAGAUAGGCUUAGAACAGAGGCCCUCAUGACCAAUAAAUUUGAAAAUCUGGGAACUCAUCCUCCCUCAAAACCUGAGGAAGAGAAAACAGAAGGCCAAGUCAUGAACAUGAGAGGACUAGUAAAUCUCAUUGGUGGCUCAAAAACAGCAGAAUUAUCACAUUUUAGCAUCUCUCAGAUUUUGGCUGCUACAGACAACUUAUCGGAGAGAAAUUUGGUGGGACAUGGUGGAUUUGGCUAUGUUUACAAGGGCAAACUAUCUAAUGGUCUUGAUAUCGCAAUCAAAAGAAAAGAUGCAUCUUCAUUUCAAGGUCCACAUGAGUUCAGAACUGAGAUUGAAGCCAUUCCAAAUCUUCAACAUAAAAACAUAAUUGCUCUACUUGGGUAUUGUGAUCAACGAGAAGAAAACAUACUUAUAUAUGAAUACAUGCCAAAUAAAUGCUUGGCAUCUAUCGUUGCUGAUGAAACAAAAAGGGAGAUGCUAAAUUGGUCUAAGCGUCUUCAAAUAAUCAAAGGGAUAGCAGAUGGUCUUGUUUAUCUGCAUGGGCAUUCUCAGAUGUGUAUUGUCCAUAGGGACAUAAAAGCAGGCAAUAUCCUGCUGGAUCACGAAAUGAACGCCAAGAUUAUUGAUUUUGGUCUGGCACUAAUGUUGGCUCCAAAUACGACUGCAGAGGUGGCUGUUAUGGGCACAUAUGGCUAUGCAGAUCCUGAAUAUGUUGCUACUGGAAUUAUCUCGGAGAAAGCAGAUGUAUAUGGCUUUGGUAUAGUACUUCUUGAGAUAAUAAAUGGAAAGCUUAUUCGGUCUUAUAAUAAAGUGAAGGCGAAGGGCCAUACAGGGCUACUGCUUCCUGAUUAUGCACGCAAGUACCAAACGAAGAUGCACAAGUUUGUUGAUCCCUUGCUGCGUGCGAAACAGCAUGAAUGCGCUCAGAUUAUGGAAUUCAAGUUCUUGGACUUGUCUGCCACUUCCUCCCAAACCAUGGCCUUUUUAUGCUCUCACUCACCACCGCACCACCUUCUUCCUCCUCUCCAUCUUCCUCGACCUCAACCACCCCAACCACACCACCAAACACAAAUCAACGGCAAGGACAUGGCUCUGGUCGGCCAGGUCGCCACGGUGGCGCAGCUGGUGGGUCUCGACGCGUACAGCCUCAUCACCAUGAUCGCCGACGCCGCGCGGACGGUGCGCCGGAACCGCGCCACCUGCCGGCAGCUGGCGCGGCGGGUGGAGAUGAUCGGCGGCCUACUCCGGCGGCUCCAGGACGCGCACCCGAUGCGCGCGCCGGAGACGCGGGCGCCCGUGGAGGAGCUCGAGGAGACGCUCCGGCGAGCGUACCUGCUCGUGCGCUCCUGCCAGCGGCGCGGGUACGCGUACCGGUGCUUCAUGGGGGCGCGCCACGCCGACGAGCUCCGGGAGGUGCAGGGCGAGAUCGGCUUCUACCUCCAGCUCUUCCCCCUCGUCAGCUACGUCGACGCCACGCUCAACUGGGUGAGGCUCCUCGACAAGGCCGGUGAGAAUUCGUCUUGCCAAGAGGCACCUGUGGUAAGACCGCCUCUUGUGCCGUUCCUGUAUCUAACUUUCUAUCGUGCGAUGGAUGCUGCUUAG